UGCUUCCACCACCUUUUGUUAAAGACAUCACAACUGCAAACUCUGCCCUGCUUGGCUUGGCUGCUUCCUCAAUUCUUUCUUCAUUUUUGUCUGCUUUGUGCCCCUCUCUGAAACUGGGUUUUCCCCGAGAGGUUUAGAGGUGACUCAAAAGAUUUGAGCUUUGAUUAGCUUUUGGAAUUGCAUGUGUUUUUCAAUAGAUGGUUAUGGAUCCAAGGUUAAAAGGGUUUCCAGACUUUGAAUUGAGGAAUCGUCAAACCAUGCCCGUGUUUCAAAACCAGAACUUUGUUGGGGAUCCCGGAUUCAAUAAUAGUUAUAUAGAUCACAGCUUUCAUGGAUUUCAAUGCCACCAACCUGAUCCAGCAGCAAGUAAUACGUCAACUUUGAGCCAUGAAGAAGACUCAACUGAAGACUGUGAUUUUUCAGAUUCAAUUUUGAGAUACAUAAACCAUAUAGUGAUGGAAGAAGAUAUGGAUGACAAAUCAUGUAUGCUUCAGGAGUCUUUGGAUCUUCAGGCUGCUGAGAAAUCAUUUUAUGAUGUCCUUGGCAAGAAAUAUCCACCUUCCCCUCAACAUAAUAACUCUACUUUUGCUUACGAUAAUGCGUGGAUGCAAGAUCUGGGUGAUUUUGGCACCAAUCAGGCUCAAAGUGCUUAUGUUUCUAGCAUAUCUCAAUCAUCGUAUGACUCUUCAAUGGCGAGCUUUGAGGGGAUGUUGGAGUCCCCAAAUAGUACUCUCCAAGUGCCUGAUUUUAAUGGCGAGAUUCAAUCUAUUUGGCAAUUUCAGAAAGGGGCUGAAGAGGCAACUAAAUUUAUACCAACCAAUGUGGAUCUUUCUGGCAAUUUUGAGGCUUAUGAUGUGGUGAAGGAAGAGAGCUCAGGUAUGGGUUCAAAGGGGAGGAAGAUUUCUCAUAGAGACGAUGUUGAAACCGAAGAAGAAAGGAGCAGCAAGCAAGCUGCUGUUUCUGAAGAAACCACUGUGAGAUCAGAGAUGUUAGAUAUGGUGUUGCUUUGUACCUCCAACAGGCCGCCAUCUCCGUACACGGAUCUCCGUGAGUCUCUGCGUAAUGGAACAGGUAAAAAUGAUAGGCAAAACGGUGGAAAAGGCCGAGGGAAGAAGCAAAAUGGGAAAAAAGAAGUGGUGGAUUUGAGGUCAAUGCUCAUUCAUUGUGCACAAGCUGUUGCAGCUGAUGAGAGGAGUGGUGGGGCUGCAAAUGAAUUGCUAAAGCAAAUCCGACAACGUUCGUCACCGUUUGGAGAUGGGAAUCAACGGUUAGCUCAUUAUCUCGCUGAUGCUCUCGAGGCGAGGUUGGCUGGUACGGGUAGCCAAAUCUAUAAAAGCCUUGUCAGUAAGAAAACUUCAGCUUUUGAUAUUAUGAAAGCUUACCUUCUGUAUGUUGCUGCAUGCCCUUUUAGAAGGGUUUCUCAUUUCAUAUGUAAUAAGUCGAUCGGUGUUGCAUCAAGAAAAUCAAUGAAGCUUCAUGUCAUAGAUUUUGGUAUUCUUUAUGGUUUUCAAUGGCCUACUCUUAUUGAGAGGCUUUCUAUGAGACCCGGAGGGCCUCCGAAACUUCGGAUUACCGGAAUAGAUUUCCCUCAACCCGGUUUCAGGCCGGCUGAGCGAGUUGAGGAAACUGGGAGGCGUUUAGCAGCUUAUGCUGAAGAGUUCAAGGUGCCAUUUCGGUAUAAGGCAAUCGCAAAGAAGUGGGAGAACGUUCGAGUCGAGGAACUAGGUAUUGAGGAGGAUGAGUUUGUUGUUGUUAACUGCCUGUAUCGUGCUAAGAAUUUGCUUGAUGAAACAGUGGCAGUACAUAGUCCAAGGAAUACGGUUCUUAAUCUGAUUCAUAAGAUUAAUCCAAAUUUGUUUCUCCACGGGAUUACGAAUGGUUCCUUCAAUGCUCCAUUCUUUUUGACACGGUUCCGGGAGGCUUUGUUUCAUUUCUCUUCAAUGUUUGAUAUGCUCGACACAAUUGUGCCCCACGAGGAUUGGCAGAGGAUGGUGAUUGAGAGAGAGAUCCUCGGCAGGGAGGCCUUGAAUGCCAUAGCUUGCGAGAGCUGGAAGAGAGUGGAGCGGCCGGAAACAGUCAAGCAGUGGCACGCACGUAAUCUGAGGGCCGGGUUUCUACAACAGCCGUUUGAACGCGGGAUAGUCAAGGAAGCAUUCGAGAGAGUCCGGACGUUCUACCACAAGGAUUUCGUAAUCGAUGAAGAUAGCAAGUGGCUGGUGCAAGGAUGGAAGGGCAGAAUAAUUUAUGCCCUUUCUGCUUGGAAACCUGCAUAAGGAUGUUUAAUAUAUCUUACUUUCAAGGA